GGCGGGGCCCGAAGUUGUUCCGCGCUGGGCUGCGGGGCUGGCGGGCGGACCGGGCCGGGCCAGAGAAGUUUUCGCUGCAGCUGCUGAGCGAGGGUUCGGGCCCCCGCAGGCGGUGCACGCCCGCUGCCAUGGCUUUCCGUAGGAGGACGAAAAGUUACCCGCUCUUCAGCCAGGAGUUCGUCAUCCACAACCAUGCAGACAUCGUCUUCUUCUUGGUGCUCUGUGUCCUCAUCGGGCUUAUGUUCGAGGUCACGGCCAAGAUUGCCUUCCUAUGUAUUUUACCUCAGUAUAACGUUAGUGUGCCUACAGCAGACAGCGAGACAGUGAACUACCACUAUGGCCCAAAGGACCUGGCCACCAUCUUGUUCUACAUCUUAAUCACCAUCAUCUUGCAUGCUGUGGUUCAAGAGUACAUCUUAGACAAAAUCAGCAAACGCCUUCAUCUCUCCAAGGUCAAACACAGCAAGUUCAAUGAAUCUGGACAGCUGGUUGUCUUUCAUCUCAGCUCAGUGGCAUGGUGCCUCUAUGUGGUGGCAACGGAAGGCUAUUUAUCAAACCCAAGAAGCCUCUGGGAAGAUUACCCGCAUGUGUACCUCUCCUUCCAGGUGAAGUUUUUCUACUUGGGUCAGCUGGCGUACUGGCUGCACGCGCUACCUGAACUCUAUUUCCAGAAGGUACGGAAGGAAGAAAUCCCCCGCCAGCUACAGUACAUUUGCCUGUACCUGCUCCACAUCGCUGGGGCGUACCUCUUGAACCUCAGCCGCCUGGGGCUGAUCUUGCUCCUGCUGCAGUACUCCACUGAGGCCCUCUUUCACAUGGCUCGGCUCUUCUACUUUGCCGACGAGAACAACGAGAGGCUGUUUAACGCCUGGGCUGCUGUGUUUGGGGUCACACGUCUCUUCAUCUUCACCCUCGCUGUGUUGACCAUUGGCUUCGGAUUGGCUCGGGUGGAAAACCAGGUGUUUGACCCCGAGAAAGGGAACUUUAACACCUUGCCUUGCAGGCUCGGCAUGCUGCUGCUGGUAUGUGUGGCCCAGGCCUGGCUCAUGUGGCGUUUCAUCCACUCCCAGCUGCGACACUGGCGGGAGUACUGGAAAGAACAGAGUGCCAAGCGCAGAGUCUCUGCGGUCCCCCGGCUUCCAGCCAGGCUCCUCAAGAGAGAACCUGGUUUCCAUGAAAAUGGAGUGGUGAAGACAGAGAACGGAACCUCCUCACGGACUAAGAAACUCAAGUCUCCCUAGCGCCAUUGUGCUGAAAACAGGGAUCCUCUGGGUGAGGGCCUGGCAGAGAUGAGGACUCCUGACCCCCAACUCAGACUCUCUGCCCUUCUGGCCGUACUCCAUCUCCACCAGCAGAAACCUUGGCAUCAAAGGGGGAGCUCCUCUCUACCUUCUAGCCUUUCUCUUCUUUCAUAAACUGUUCUCAAUAAAGCCAAAAAAACUUCUAUUCUUGCUCCCUUGAGCCACCUCAUGGCCUCACUUCUGUCCUAUCUUGGGUUUUCUCAGAGGCCUGCCUUCUUCUAGUCGUCUUCCUGCUCUCACUCUCACUCUCUCGCUCGCUCUCUCUCCUCGACCCUCAAUGCCUCCAUUUUCCUCCCCUCCUCUCCUCUCCUCUCCUCUCCUCUCCUCUCCUCUCCUCUCCUCUCCUCUCCUCUCCUCUCCUCUCCUCUCCUCUCCUCUCCCCUCCCCUCCCCUCCCCUCCCCUCCUCUCCUCUCCUCUCCUCUCCUCUUUCUCUCUUCCUUCCUGACUGCUUCUUUUCCUCCUUUCUUCCUGACUUUAAUGUGCAAUUUCUCUGAUUUGUACAACGGGAGGGAGCUAGGACGGCAGUCCUGCCCUUCGGGCCCAGCCAGGACUUGCCAAUCUGGAAGCCUCUCGCCAAGGAGCUUCCCCUAGAGCUGGUGGCAGACCCUCGGUGGCCCUUGUGGAUGGCAGGAGGAGGAAAAGCCAUCCCUCUCGGAUUACAAAAUUCUUGGUGCUGACCGACAGACAAGAUGUAGGAUUCUGGCUCUACACGUCGGACCCCGAAGCGUUUCGCUCUCCAUAGUGACUUAAUCCAGAAAGACAGUGUUAAUUAACUGUUGAGUCCCAGGACUCCAAAGAACUUCCAGUGCAGCAUUUGAAUUGGAAACCAGCCUGCCUUCGCUCUAUGGGGGGUCGUGCUAAGGAGGAUGUGCCUUCCCACUUGUUCCACAAGAGCAAAGCACGUCAAACAGCUGCCUCUUCUAGAAAGGUGGCUUGGCCAAAACAAAAUCAGACAAACAAAAAACAACAGAAGAGUCGAUCUGGACCAUUCUCCAGCAGUGCCAACUGCUGUAGUUUCAUUACCUGUCCACCAGCAUCUGAAACCAAACCAAAUGGCAGUUAUGAAUCUGCCCAGGACAUGCUGUUCCCAAGUCUAGAAACAGCCUGCCCCAGCCGGGGCCAGACUUGCAACCUCACCAUCUCUCUGCAGAAACACGAAGCCCCAAGGACUCCGAUCGCAGUGUGUUCCCCUGGUGUCCCAAGGAGGGUCACCUGGCUGCCCUCCCUCUGGCCUCACUGAGUGUUCUUUAAAGUUGUCAGUGUCAUUUGUCAAGCACACCUAGGGCCUGACACCGGGAUGCCUCAGGGUCACUCUUCUGGCUGCGUGAGCCAACGCAGCCAUGUCCACAGGAGUCUGUGACCCAUUCCCUUUGGUGUUCUUUACUCUCUCUUCUACCUGAAGAUGGGGUCAUCGGGCCCUUAUGGUACCUUGUGAGGACUUCCAGGAUGUAUGUAGGCUUUAAAGAGUCCCCACACUCUGUGCUGGAGUAUAGGGGAGCAGUUCUUGGUGACACAGGAAUGUUAAUGUUACCUGAUAUACUUGGUCUUCCUUUGACACCAUAUUCAAGACCAGGGCUUGAGUUUUUCCCCAUAUACAGGGACAUGGGUCUUCAUGAAGGCAGUUUCCCUCUCCAAGCCACUAACGAUGUACAUAAGAUCUAACUCACCAGUUUUUGAGGAGUUUGGUUCCAAACAUCGACGUGGCAAUUUUUUUGUUUUUGUUUUUUUUUUUUGUUUGUUUGUUUGUUUUUUUCUCUCUGUGUCCAGGUUAAGCAUACAGAAUAGAAAUGAGAUCCCCUUGGCUUCUUUUGUGUGAGCUUAGGAAGCAAGAUAGAAUUUUGCAAGUACAUUUCUCUAUUGCCUCCUGGCCCUUCUCUGGGCAUCCCCACAGAAUUGAUCUGGCUGGCACCUUUUAGCCGUGCAGCCCACCCAUCCUCAUAGGGAUUUUAAUCAAGCUUACGCUUUGAGAUGCUGCCUGUAGCGAUGUGAAAGUUCAGCUAGUGGCUCCCAAGAUCGCCUCACCCCGUCAGUUUAAGUGUCCUCCGGGACCAUCCCCAGGUUAAGGGCCUGUCUCCCUAAGACACUGGCAAGCCCUUUGCCAGCUCACUGUGGGAGCUUUGUCUCUAGGCUGAACUAUUGAGUUACUCCCUCAGUAAAUAUUUGGGACAAGCAUGAGAUAUGUGGAGGUCUUGGAGAAACAGAAGUACAAAGGCCAGCUGUCUAGGAUCCAGUGGUCCUGUCGCUGUGGCGGGGUGGGGGUGGGGGGUUGCUACUCUUUCCCAGUACACUUAGAUGACUGAGAUGGUGUGGAUCUGUUCCUUGAGUGCUUGCAGGCUUCCUUUGCUGCUUGUAUGUUGGGUGUUAUCACCGAGAAUCCAAGUGUUGGGAUUGACCAAGGCUCUUCUGGAACAUAUGGGUUUGGUCAGUGGUAGGAGUUUAGAGCAUUCAUUUCAGAAAAGCUGAGACCAAGGGCAACACCUCCCCAGGCUUGACUUCUGGGAUGAUUUCGGGCUUGGGGGAACUAGGGGGCCCUUUCUCAUCCACCCAGCCUCUCUGGCGUUGAUGUUAUAGGAAAGCCAAGACUUUGUAGAGUUAGCACAGACCUUGUUGCCAGAAUCACAGCAACCAAGUUCUACACCAUCCUGCGUGUGCGCAGGCUAGCUUAUAAUUUGGGUGCCCUGGCCCCAUUCUUUGAUUUUAUGCAGGCUCUCCCAUCCCCCAAAAUACCACACCCUUAGUGAGGGACCUGUCAUGCUCCUCCAAGUUUCAGAUGUUCAGCACAAUCUACCAGGACCAGAAGAUGCUAAUCACUACCUCAGCAGCCACUGCCUGUCUCUCAGUGUCCCUGGAACGCCAGCAGGCGCCAGGUGGCAGAGUGGUGGAUGGAGAGCUCCCUGUUACUAGUUGCCCUCCCCAGAGGUGUGGCGAUGGGACGGUUACUUUUACAAGCUAUCCAGGUUUGGAUGCCUACGCUAUGAAUUAGCUCCUUGUGUCCCUCCUACAUUCUGAGGUGGUCCUGGGAGAAAGAGAAGCAAACUAAAACUUUCUGCCAUUCUAGCCAGUCCUAGCCCUGCGUACCUAAAUGGUUUUCAGGCAGCAUCAUCUGGUGCAUCCUAAGGGUGGACUUAAGUCACUUAAAUUUAGAUGACAGUGUUCUGGCUACUCACACCAUGCUUUUGUGGAGUUCCUGGGACUGUAAGAGCCCCUGAAGGUGGAGACCUUUUAAGCCCCCUUUGGCAUUUUUUUUUUCUGAGUGGUUUUUUUUCCCCAUUUUCCAAAAAGCCUACAAAGUUCUCUUAGAUUCCCUGCAUCCUUAAAGAAACCUGCUGACUCCCUUGCAGCUAGGGAAGACCUCCAUUGGCGUUUGUCUUUAAUGGCUCUCAGCCGGUUGAGUUUGCAGAAGUCUGGGACGGGGAGGAGGUAUAGGGUCUCAGCUUAGGUAACUUUCUCUGCCUGAGGGCCUCUGUGUCUCCAGGAGACAGAUUUCCAUUCUUGGUGUCUGGCCUCUGUUCUUCACUGGUGUGGAAUGGACUUGAAGCCUGUGAGUUCGAACAGUGAGCUGGUCCUCUGCCUCCCUCGUGCUCCCGAGCUUACACCUUCUUUCCUCAGAACAGGAUUUAAAGGAGGAUAUCAGUGUCAGACUUUUGAAAGCAUCUGUAGAAUCCUUCUCCAGCCCAUGGCUAGCGUUAGGAGGAUGCUGGUACCAACUUCUCGCCAUUUAUCCCUGGCUUUUUAUGCUAGCGUUAGCUCCAUUGCAUCCGCUUCCAAAGCUCUGCAGAUGAGAAGAAAAGUCAUGCCGAGCAGCCUCUACGAACGUCCCGUUCUUAUCCUUGUUCUUUCAUGUAAAAGUGCCUUAUAUUGCCUUGUGGCCUUCACUGGUACUGUAUGGCUGGGCCCCCCAACUGCCAGGGCUCUAGGGCUGACUGGCAUACACAGGCAAUGACACCAUACCUCAACACAGAUCCAGGGGAAAGGGACAUGGGUUGACAGUUUUGUCUCAUUUGUUCUGACCCUCUUCUCCCUCGCACAUAAUGUAAGACCUUGUGUACUCUCUGGUUUAUUCUAAGUUCCCCUUGUCUGUUGCCUUCUGGCUUGACCGGGUGGCUAUGGAAACUCUCGAGGUGGCCCAGCUGCAGGCACCCAUGCUUCCUAUUUCAUAAGGGAAGCUUGGGGGUUGGGAAGAAGGGUCACCCCUGUGUACCUCUGGCCCUAUGUGGUGAGCCCUGCUUUUUCGGUUUCCUCAUUCCCACCCCAGAUUAGAAACAGCACCCUCUUCCCCAUCUGUUUUACUUCCCUGUAGCCCAAAGUUUGUGUGAGGAAUGUAUUUACUUGUACUCGCUGGUUUCAAGUCUUAGCUCAUUGGUAACCUGUUUGGCAGUGCCUAUGGUCUGGUAGCUGCAGAGCUCCUGGAUUCCUGUCAGGGUUAUCUCGUGUUCCUAGUUCCGCACCAACCCACCUCCCUGACCCUUGCCUUGCCUGCCUGCCCAUUCCUGAUAUCCCGCUAUUCCGGGUUGUGCAAUAACCCUCCCAGUGGUCUUUUCCACAGGCCUUUGUCUCUUACCGCAUCCUGCAGUAACAGGAGAGAGGGGACCUACGGGAGGUGUCAUCAUCCCUUACAGAAGCGUCAGUCCCUUCGUUGUUAGCUGUCAUUCUCAUGGUCUUGGGUGGGUUUCUGUGGCAAUCUUAUAGAAUGUGCCCUAUCGUCUAAGAAAUCUUUACAUUGUUUUCAAAAAUAAAAUAAAAAAUGUGUUGAAGAGAAAAAAAAAAAAACCAUCCUCAGACUGGGACAGUGUCGAUGUCUGGGAAUAAGAUCAGUCUGGAGUCGCUGACAUCACCGUCACCACCAAAGGCAUUCCAGGGUUUCUUGUUCCUGUGCAAAGGAUGGGCCAUGUUUCCAAGAAUCAGCCACAGUGGUCACAGUGGUGAGCCCUGCUCCCCCACAAUGGGAUCUGGCUGUGGUGGUGAGUGCCGACAUUCUUUGGGGUACAGAUUCAUGUGUGAUUAAACCUCACUUUUCGGUUACUCUGUUUGUCAAGCACCGAAAGGAUGAGCGUUGGAGCUGGUGCCCCUGCGUGACUCACAACGCAAAUGUGGACACAUUGACUGUUUCUGCAGUCACCUGUUCAUGUGAUGGACCAAAUUCAGCAAGGAACUCAAGGAAAAUUCGUACCUACCGUAUUUAUGCUUUCUUAUUAAAGGGCUGGGGGGAGGGGCGUCUUUUUACUUUUGGUGAAAUUUUUAUUGGUCCUUUUCCCACUGUUUCUGUCUGGUUUUAGAAACAAGCUACAGUUUUGUAUGGAUUUUUUUAAAUGUACAUUUUGAAACAAAUGAUCAAAUAUUUUCUGAAUAAAGGGCAUAGAAGUAUUGGUCA